AUGGUAAAAGAACUCGAGAAAAAGAUAAAUGAUAAUGAUCUAAGUCCUGAUGAUAUCUCAUCCCCUGAUGAAAGUGAAGAUGAAUAUAGGCCGGGUGAUGACGAUGAAUCGUCAGAUGAUUUCGCACUACCUGUCUUCACUAAACAAGUACCCUUCCUUUCCCUUUCUAUUCUCUCUCUCUCUCUCUCUCUCUCUCUCUCUCUCUCUCUCUCUCUUCGGCUUCAUUAUUCUGUCCUCGUCUUUAUAUUGCCCUUCUUUUUACUCUUUUUUUCCUUCCCCCUACCAUUUUCAUUUCUCUUUCGUCUGCUUUUCUUUUUCUACUUCCUUUAUAAAUUGUCCCCCACCGGCAUGGAUUCCCUUUCUCUUCUUUCAGUCUUUCUUUCCCUUCUAUAUUUCCUUCUCCUUUCCCUUUUUUCCCCUGUCCACUUUAUUUGCCUCCUUUUCUCUUCAAUAUUUCUCCCUUCCGCUAUCUUUCUGCUUUAUUUUUCCUUCUUUUCCUCUUUUUUUUUUCUUUUCCUUUUCUUACUACUUCCAAUUUUAUUUCUCUCUUUUUUUUUCCUUUUCCAUUCUUGUCCCUGUUUAGUUGUCUUUUUCCUCUUUCCUUUCUCUUUCUUUUCUUUCUGUUUCCUUUCUUUUGGUCAUCAUUUUUUUUUUCUUUUUCUUUCCCCCUCCAUUAUCUUAAACGCUCAUAAUGACGUUGCUAGGGGUUCUUUAUUCGCUUUGGUUUCGUUGUUUUCGUGGGCUGGUGCUUUUCAGAAGCCGGGAAGGCAUUAA